AUGAUUCCACUGUUACGGUAUAACGUAUGUUCCUUGUUUUCACGCUCAACAACCUUUCGUCUUUCAAACAUAUCAGUAUGCCACCUAUCUUCAACGAAAAGAAAUGCGAAAUCUUCUCCUCCUCGAUCUGUAUUCGAUCGUCUACCAAAAGCUCUUCAUCCAUACGUUCGUUUAAGUCGACUGGAUAAACCAACUGGUUCGUGGGUGAUAUUUUUACCUGGAGCAUGGAGUAUCGCUUUGGCCGAAACCUCCUUGAAUACGCUCUCUCUGUUAGGAUUGUUUGGUAUCGGAACGAUACUGAUGCGAGGAGCCGGUUGUACAAUAAAUGAUCUGUGGGAUAGAGAGUAUGAUCGUCGGGUAGAACGAACGAAAGCAAGGCCAUUGGCGAGUGGACAACUUUCAACUCGACAGGGAGUCAUUUGGCUUAUCGCCCAACUAUCGCUGGGCUUCCUAGUUUUGAUUCAAUUGAACCUGCCAACAAUUGGUAUUGGAGUGUUAUCAUUAAUACCUGUAUUUAUUUACCCGUUGAUGAAACGGUACACAUACUGGCCACAAUUCUUUCUCGGAGUAACACUAAACUGGGGUACCUUGAUGGGUUUUACUGCGGCAACUGGUCAGAUAUAUCCAGCAGUUAUUUUUCCUCUAUAUUUUGCAAGUAUCUGUUGGACACUUCAUUACGAUACGAUCUAUGCCCAUCAAGAUAAACAAGACGAUUUACUUAUUGGUGUUAAAUCAACUGCGCUCCUCUUCGAAAAAGAUUCCAAACUAUGGCUGCGUGCUUUCUCCGUGGGUAUGUUGACUCAUCUGAUCACAGUUGGCUUCUGUGUUGAUCAAACCUGGCCGUAUUACCUCGGUUUAGUUGGUGUCGGCUGUCAUCUCUGGCGGCAAAUUGAAAAUGUUAAUCUACAGGAUAAUCAAUCCUGCUGGAAGACAUUUGUAUCAAAUCGUACGACGGGCCUCAUGGUUCUUGCUUGUAUUUUCGUUGGAAAUCUUUUUAAAUGA